AUGGCGAGCGGGUGGGUCAAAUCGUUACAGUGCAAGUCGAAAGCUUUCGAUGAUGUUUACAAACCAAUAAAAAACCCAAACCCGAAUUCGAAUCCGAGUCCGAAACAUCUGAUAUCAAGUUACAGCUGCAGGAGAAGCACUCAGAGUCUAAAAGACGUGAUCGACGCUAAAAAACCCAAACCGAAACCGAAGAAACCGAAUCCAAAACCCGAUAAAAGAGAACCCGACCCGGUUUUAGCUCCUUCGACCCGGAUUCGAUCGUCCGUUGAUUCAGCGACCCGAGUUCGCGACCCGUUGUUGCCGACAUUGACGGAACUUGAGGAAGGGCAUCCGUCGCGUAACGUGGUGGAGAUUAUCUUCCAGACGAGCUGGGGCCCGAAACCGUUUUCGGGUCGGAUCGAAAUGAUUUUCAAGGUGCAAAACGGGUCGAAGACUUUGACCCGGUUCGAGGAGUACCGCGAAGCCGUGAAGACGAGGAGCGUGGUGAAAUCGCGUGAAGAGAACGCGCGUUCGGUCGCCGACGGGAACGAGACGAUGCGGUUUUAUUGUUUGGGUCCGAGUUACGGAGGCGGCGCGUGGGGUGUUCUAGGAGGAAAAGGUGGCGGCGCGUCGAUCUAUACGUUCGCCGGGAGUUGCACGGCGCAUGAUAAAGCCGGCGGAGGUAAAGGGAGGAAGGCAAUGCUGGUUUGCCGGGUCAUAGCUGGUCGGGUCUCGAAGCAGAGCGAGUUAAGGUACGAUUCGGUUGACUCGGAGGUACGAUCACGGUUUGACUCAGUGAGUGGUGACGACGGUGAGUUGCUCGUGUUCGAUACACGUGCAGUAUUGCCUUGUUUUCUCAUAAUCUACCGGCUGUAA